GUAAAAAUAAAUAAAUAACUUUUGAUUAUAAAAACAAGAUUUGUUAACAUUUGUUAACAUUUAUUUAUUAAUUUGCUGUUCCAUUUUAUUUCAGUGGUUCAAGUCCUCAGUUCCCAUGACGUCAUUUUCAAACAGCUGGCAGGUUUUUAAAUCUAAGCCCCGCCUUCCUGCCGAGCUGACCCCGCCCACCGUCAGCAGUCAGACGUGCGAGGCGGUGAGAGCGGCUGUGGGACUCUGGGGUCCACAAACAGGUUCGAGUCAGACUGAAACUGAUCCAGGACCUUCUGGGACCGAUUUUAAACAGAGGAACUCAUUCUACCGGGUCCAGGAGGACGGUCCGGUCCAGUCCAGUCCGGUCCGGUCGGUGGGGAGGAGCGGGACACAGAUGCUGCUCCAGUCCGACUCAGAGCUCCGCUCCGUCGGCCUGCGAGGCUUGUGAUGCCCGGCGGGAGGUCUCCACCCAGAGCCGACAGCAGCAGCUGGAGGCCGGGCAGCCGCUGCUGAUGAUGUGCUGCUUCGGUCCGGAUCAUCAUGGCGACCGGAACCGGAACCAUCAUGUUAAAAUGCGUCGUGGUGGGAGACGGAGCCGUGGGCAAGACAUGUCUCCUGAUGAGCUACGCUAACGACGCGUUCCCCGAGGAGUAUGUCCCCACCGUGUUUGACCACUAUGCA